AUGGUGCCCGUCGGGGUGCUGGGGCUGCUCCUGUGCGUGCAGCUCUGUGCGGGGACCCCCAUCCAUCCCUGGGCCGUGGUCAGCACCCACCUUGCUACAGGCACCGAGGAGCUGCGGCUGGUGGGUGGCGGUGGGCGCUGCGCUGGCCGGGUGGAGGUGAAGCACAAUGGCAAGUGGGGCUCCGUCUGCGUCUACGACUUCGACUGGGAUGCCCGGUGGGCUACCGUGGUGUGCCGGCAACUGGGCUGCGGCCGGGUGGCCAAGGCGUCCUCCUACACCCCGUUCGGGCAGGGCACUGGCCAGAUUUGGCUCCAGCCCUUCUUCUGCCGAGGCACUGAGGCCAAGCUGCAGGACUGUCCCCAUUUCGGCUGGGGCAAACACUUCUGUGGCCACAAGCUUGACGUGGGGGUGACCUGCACAGAUGCAGUGGAGCUGCGGCUGGCGGCUGGUGAAGGGCCCUGUUCCGGGAGGGUGGAGGUGAAGCUGCAGGGACAGUGGGGCUCGGUGGGAGAUGAAAACUGGGACAUGGACAACGCCGAGGUGGUGUGUCAGCAUCUGGGCUGCGGCUCCGCCGCCCGCACCUACUUAGCCAACACCCGCUUCAUCAGCGGGGACAGCGUCAUCAGCCUGGCUCUAGUCGACUGCCGCGGGGACGAGGCCGCUCUCUGGGACUGUGAGAUCCGCGGCUGGGGACCCUACGAAGGUGUCCAUGAUUUUGACACCGCUGUCGAAUGCCAAGGGUUUGCCCGGUUGGUCGGCGGUGACAGUGCCUGUGCCGGGCGGCUGGAGGUGCGGCAGGGCCAAGCCUGGACCAGUGUCUGCGAGGACAGCGUGGACGUCGAGGUCGCCCGGGUGGUUUGCCGGGAGCUGGGCUGUGGCGCGGUGCUGGCUGUGCCCGGCCCCGGCCGGUUUGAGGCGGGAACUGGGCCGCUCUGGCAGGCAGGGUUCAAGUGCACUGGCACCGAGACUCUCCUCGCCACCUGUGCCCGGCAGCCACCCCGCAGCCAGGACUGCGCCGGCCCCGCCAGCAUCAUCUGCUCCUCCUACACAGGUUUCCGGCUAGCAGACAACAGCUCGGACUGUGCCGGGCGGGUGGAGGUGGAGGUAGGGGGGACAUGGGGGUCCCUCUGUGCCACCGGCUGGGACUUGCCUGAUGCCCAUGUCCUCUGCCACCACCUUGGCUGUGGCCACGCUGCCACCGUGCCCCCGGGAGGCUCCUUUGGCGGAGGGGAUGGGCCACUGCGGCAGGAUACCUUCAGCUGCAGCGGGAGUGAGCGGCACCCGGGCGAGUGCCCCACGUCAGUGCUGGGGGAGCCCGCCUGCCCCCCUGGCUAUGCUGCUGCCGUCAACUGCUCAGGUGUUGCUGAGCCCCUGCGGCUGGUGGAGGGGGAGAGCUGGUGCGAUGGGCGGCUGGAGGUUGCUGCAAGCCCCGGGGUGUGGACACAUGUGCUGGUGGGGCUAGAGGACACCUGGGAUGCCAGUGUGCUGUGCCAGCAGCUGGGCUGUGGCGUGCCAGAGAAAGUCUACACUGUGCCGGGCUCAGGCACCGCAGGGCUGCUGUGUGCUGGCACCGAGGAGAACCUGGCCCAGUGCAACAUCUCGGGGACGGCCACCGCACCCACCAGCAGCCCCGAGGAGGUGGCCAUCGUCUGCUCGGGCAGCCGGCGGGUGAGGCUGGCGGGCGGCCCUGGGCGCUGCGCUGGGCGGGUGGAGGUCUACAUCAACGGCACUUGGGGCACCGUCUGCCAGGAAACCUGGGACAUGCUGGACGCCGCCGUUGUCUGCCGCCAGCUGGGCUGCGGAACGGCACUGGCAGCGCCCAGCUCGGCUCGCUUCGGUCCCGGCACGGGGCCGCUGUGGCUGGAUGCUGGUGGCUGUGUGGGGACCGAGGCGUCUCUCUGGGACUGCCCGGCCUUGGCACGGCAUGACUGCCAGCGCGGUGGCGGGGCGGGUGUCGUCUGCUCAGAGCAGCUCUCCCUGCGGCUGGUGGGCGGCAGCAGACGGUGCAAGGGACACCUGGAGGUGCUCUACAAUGGCACCUGGGGCCGCGUGUGCUCCAACGGCACCAGCCCUGCCACUGCUGCCACUGUCUGCUGGCAGCUGGGCUGUGGGAACAGGGGGAGUCUGGCAGCUGUCCCCACCCAGAACCCGGCCCCUGCCUGGCUGGCCUGGGUGGGCUGCGAGGAGGGGGCCCGCUCACUUUGGCAGUGCCGCUCAGCACCCUGGCACCUGCAGGCCUGCAGCCCCGGCAGGGACACCUACAUCACUUGUGACAGGGACAGUGACAGCACAAGUGGGAUGCCCACUCCAUCCCCAGGGAGCCGCUGCGCAGACGGUGCCACUUGCACAGAUGUCCCCAGCACCACCACCCCAGCAGCAGUGGCGGGGACCAUGCCAGUGCCCACAGUCCUGUGCGUGGUCCUGGGGACGCUGCUGUGCCUGGCCCUGGGUGCCCUGGCCAUGCAGGUGUGCCGCACCUGGGCUCAGCGCCGAGGUGGAGCCGCCGAUGCCACCUCGGACGCGGUCUACGAGGAGCUGGACUACACCCUGAUGCCGGAGUACCAGGAGGUGCAGACUCGCUCAGGCUCCCCAUCAGAGGGGUCAGGGAUGAAGCUGCCGUAUUACACCGGGGACAGCAUGGAGGAGAGUGACCCCAAGGCAGCCCCAGACUCCCCUGCCCAUCACAGCCCCCCAGAUGGCUAUGACGAUGCUGCAGCCGUGCUGGAAGGGUCCCCCACUCCUGGCAUCAGGGUUAUCUCCGAGGGGGUGGAAUGGAGGAGCGGGGGCUGUGUCCCACCCACAGGUAAGAGGGGCCACAGCUGUCCUGGCCCCUGGAGAGCCACCUCUGAGAGGCUCGGCUGCGGUGGCAGGAGGGAAGCAGGCAGCAAAUCCAGGGGGGCUGCUGUAAGACCCCAGCUGGGGUUUGGCAGGAGGGACAUGAAGCAGUCCCCCUAAGGCACCGGCCUUUCCUGUCCCCAAAGGUGGGAGCUGCCCCCCCCAAAGUCCCCCAGGA